AUGCCGCCUCGUCGAUCUGCGGCCAGAGCGUCAAGUGCGACACCAAUACGUGCCACUUCCCCGACAAAGCGUUCAGCUCGUGGAGGCAGUGCCUUCGCCCCAGAUGAUGCCAUCACAAAGCGGGUCACGAGAGGAAGUUCUCAGCAGCCAAGUCUGGCAGAAGGCAAUGUGAACAAUCCCAGACUUCCGGAGGUGCAGAUUCAGCAAUCUUAUGCCUAUGGAUCCAGCAAAACACCCGUGCUUCCGGCGCAGUUGGUUGCCCGGAAUAAAAUGAAUUUACAGGAAAUGGCCGAAACCAUUGAUGCCGGCGUCGAGCAAGCCCAACAGCAUCUUCAGCAUCACAUCGAGGAGACUCACGCAAAUCUGCAGAAAGAUGCGCACUCCGAGAGAACUCGUCGAAGAGCUUCUCACGACGGUUCUCGAGAGGGGUCCGUUGCCAGUGACGACCUUGAGAAAAAUAAAUCUCAACGGGUCGCGGCGUGGGCAAGCUCUCUUGAGAGUAGUCAGCUUGACGAGAUACCGGAAGAAGAUGACAUUGCAGCGAGGAGCACUCCUGACGACGCCACGCACAAGGACACCGAUCCGUCUAGCUUUCCUAGUGGGAUAUUCGAUCACAGCUACAAUUAUGAGCGAGGUCUGCGACGACCAAAUAUCACAGUCCGAAAACGGCCAGAUUCCUUCUACCGCGGCGCAUGGAAUUCGACAAAAGACGUUGCCCACCGAUCCCGUCAGACUUCGUCACGAAUGAUGAGUUCAAUACGUGAAUGGUUUCUACGACUGCUGCAAGCUCAAGCAAGAGUAGUCAGCGAACUUCCAAAUUCACCCUUUAUAUCCAUUAUGACGCAUCUUCUUUUUGCUCUCAUGAUUGCCGGUGGAGCAAGCCUUGUGUUCUGCUACACAUAUAACCACUAUGUUUGUGAUCCUUAUUCCAAUUCUGUUGUGGGCAUGGCUCUACAGAAGUACUGUGGAAGUUGCGUUCGAAGUUUGGGCCUGCCUUUCAAUUUCACGACUGGCAAUUUGGACGAUCUCUCCAGACUCUCCACAGCUCUUGCCAACAUAAACCACCAGAUGCGAGCGAUCGAGUUGCGACUGAGUGAUAGAAUUGAUUCACAAUAUUCAGCGGUGAACAAGGACAUCGAUGCACUGAGAAGACAACACUCCGAACUCUCAAAUCAUCUUGCAGGAUUAAAGUCCGGUGGUUCGAGCUCUACCGGGGAGGUGGCAUCGCCGGUGAUUGCAAAAAUCAAUUACUUUGCACCCAACAAUGGAGCAGUGGUGGAACCACGCUUGACGUCGCCGACCAGGCAGAAACCACUACCACUUGUUGCACGCGUGCUCCUCCGGAUGCUAGGCUCGACACUGUAUCAAACUAAACCCCCGAGCACAGCCCUGGCUCCAUGGCAAGAUGUGGGGGAUUGCUGGUGCUCGUCAGCCAGCCUCAGCGAACAAGAAUCGAUGCGACUGGGGGUGAAAGUGACGGAGAUGAUCUAUCCAACCGAACUGGUGGUGGAGAACUACCCGAACGCGGGAUCAUUGUUCCCUGGGUCGACUCCAAGGAAGAUGGAAGUUUGGGCCGACUUUGAGCACCUGGAUGAUCGGCAAUGGGAAAGUCUGUCCAUUAGGCAGAUGCAGGGAGAUGCUCCAAUUGGGCCGACAUACGCAUUGAUUGGGCAAGUGGAGUAUGAUGCCUCGCCCGAGGCAACACAUGUACAGGCGUUUCAAAUCGGGGUGAAUCAAUAUCAGCAUUCGUAUGCUGCACAAUCUUUUGUGAUUCGAGUGCUGUCGAACCACGGAUCCGAUUACACUUGUUUGUACAGGGUCCGGAUGCAUGGUGUUCCGGCGGUUGGACACGGCGCAGGACACUCAGAAGAGGAGCUAGGUGAUUAA